AUGGAGCGAAGACGCAUCACCUCCGCUCGUCGCUCCUAUGCUGCCUCCGAGACGAUGGUCAGGGGCCUGGGUCCCAGCCGCCACCUGAGUACCGUCCCGCGCUUCUCUCUGUCUCGCAUGUCUCCUCCACUCCCUGCCAGGGUGGACUUCUCCCUGGCGGGGGCUCUCAAUGCUGGCUUCAAGGAGACUCGGGCCAGUGAGCGCGCGGAGAUGAUGGAGCUCAAUGACCGCUUUGCUAGCUACAUCGAGAAGGUCCGCUUCCUGGAACAGCAAAACAAAGCGCUGGCAGCUGAGCUGAACCAGCUUCGUGCCAAGGAGCCCACCAAACUGGCUGACGUCUACCAGGCAGAGCUGCGGGAGCUGCGCCUGCGGCUGGACCAGCUUACGGCCAACAGUGCCCGGCUGGAGGUGGAGAGAGACAAUCUGGCACAGGACCUCGGCACCCUGAGGCAGAAGCUCCAAGAUGAAACCAACCUGAGGCUGGAGGCCGAGAACAACCUGGCUGCCUAUAGACAGGAGGCAGAUGAAGCUACCAUGGCCCGUCUGGAUCUGGAGAGGAAGAUUGAAUCACUGGAGGAGGAGAUCCAGUUCUUGAGGAAGAUCCACGAGGAGGAAGUUCGAGAACUCCGGGAGCAGCUGGCCCAGCAGCAGGUCCAUGUGGAGAUGGAUGUGGCCAAGCCAGACCUCACAGCGGCCCUCAGAGAGAUUCGAACUCAAUAUGAGGCAGUGGCCACCAGUAACAUGCAAGAGGCAGAGGAGUGGUAUCGGUCCAAGUUUGCAGACCUCACAGACGCCGCCUCCCGCAACGCAGAGCUGCUCCGCCAGGCUAAGCACGAGGCUAAUGACUAUCGCCGCCAACUGCAGGCCUUGACCUGCGACCUGGAGUCCUUGCGCGGCACGAACGAGUCCCUGGAGAGGCAAAUGCGUGAACAAGAUGAGCGCCACGCGCGGGAGUCGGCGAGUUACCAGGAGGCGCUCGCCCGGCUGGAGGAGGACGGCCAAAGCCUCAAGGAGGAGAUGGCCCGCCACCUGCAGGAGUACCAGGAUCUACUCAACGUCAAGCUAGCCCUGGACAUGGAGAUUGCCACCUAUAGGAAACUGCUGGAGGGCGAGGAAAACCGCAUCACCAUCCCUGUACAAACUUUCUCCAACCUGCAGAUCCGAGGGGGCAAAGGCACCAAAGAAGGGGAAGGCCACAAAGUCACCAGACAUCUCAAAAGGCUCACAAUACAAGUUAUACCCAUACAGGCUCACCAGACUGUAAAUGGAGCCCCGCCAGCGCGAGAAACCAGCUUGGACACCAAGUCCAUAUCAGAAGGACACCUCAAGAGGAACAUCGUGGUAAGGACAGUGGAGACGCGGGAUGGCGAGGUCAUUAAGGAGUCCAAGCAGGAACACAAGGAUGUGAUGUGAGGUGUGCCCACCUGGUGGCCCCUGCCACACAGUGUCAAGGGCCCAAAGCUCCUCCUCAGAUAGCCCUGUUCCCAUCCACACCAGCACUUCCCUUCAGUUUUUAUGCCUGUCUGCUGCCUGAGGCUCAGUCCUUACUGAGCCUGACAGAGGGCACAUACUCUGCGCCUCCAACUAACAGGAUACUCACCCCAAAGGGGCAGUCGGGAGGGGAGGGGCCAGCAGCUGAGGUAGAAUUGCAAGGAAGGAGGAAAGUUGGGCAGAGCAGGGAGCCUUAACGGAUCGUUUCCUUCAUCCUUGUUGGUAUGGAAACUGUUGCCAGAGCUGAGGUCUCUGGGAACUGGACUUUGAGUUUCCAUAGGCUGCUGGAGGAAGACAGAAAGUCAGAGAGAAAGGGGAGGUCCCACGGCAAAGUAGCUCUAGCCAGAGACUUAUGCUUCCAGAAU